AUGGGGAGCGCGGGUGAGGAGGACAGGGAGGCUCGGAGCGAGGCGGCGUUCACGGACUCCGCCUCCGCCGACGGGAGCAGCUCCAGCUCCGACGCCGCGUCCACCGACGAGUGGCCACCCGCGGCGGCCAGGAAGCCGGGCGGCUGCGCCUCCGACACCGACGUGGCCAGGCAGCAACACAAGCACAAGCGCAGAGCACCAUCAGGUGACCACCGCCUCAUAUACUUUUACUCGCAGCAUCCUGGAUUCUCGGUGGUGAAAUUCUCUAAUGUGUGCGCGCCUUGUGUUUCGACAACAAAACUGACAGAGACGGAGAUGAUGAAGGAGCGGUUCGCGAAGCUGCUGCUCGGCGAGGACAUGUCCGGGAGCGGCAAGGGCGUCUGCACGGCGCUCGCCAUCUCCAACGCAAUCACCAACCUCUGCGCCACCAUCUUCGGGCAGCUCUGGAGGCUGGAGCCGCUCCCGCCGGAGAAGAAGGCCAUGUGGCGGCGGGAGAUGGACUGGCUGCUCUGCGUCAGCGACCACAUCGUCGAGCUGGUCCCCACGUGGCAGUCAUUCCCCGACGGAACCAGGCUUGAGAUCAUGACAACUAGACCACGGUCUGAUCUGUACAUUAAUCUUCCAGCGCUCCGGAAGCUGGAUCAUAUGCUCCUUGAAAUCCUGGAAAGCUUCAGAGACCCAGAGUUCUGGUAUGUUGAGCAAGGUAUUGCUGCACCAGAUUGCGACGGCUCUGCAUCCUUUAGGACGGCUUUUCACCGCCGUGAUGAGAAAUGGUGGCUCCCAGUGCCUCGUGUGCCUCCCGGUGGCCUUCACAAUAAAACAAGGAAGCAGUUCCAGCACAAACGUGAUUGUGCAAACCAAAUCCUGAAGGCUGCCAUGGCCAUCAACAGCAAUGCCUUAGCAGAGAUGGAGGUCCCUGAAUCUUAUCUUGACUCCCUACCAAAGAAUGGAAGGGCAACCUUAGGUGAUAUCAUAUACCGCUACAUAACGUCUGAUCAGUUCUCCCCUGAGUGCCUUCUUGAUUGCCUGGACCUAUCCACGGAGUACCAGGCCCUGGAAAUCGCAAACCGUGUCGAGGCGUCAGUGUAUGUGUGGCGCCGGAGGGUUGCUGCCAAACCAGUAAAUGGCUUGGGCCGAAGCAGCAGUGCUAGAUCAUCGUGGGGCAUGGUAAAGGACAUGAUGGUAGACUCGGAGAAGAGAGAGCUGCUAGCUGAACGAGCAGAGGGCCUGCUAAUAUGCUUGAAGCAAAGGUUUCCUGGGUUGACACAGACAAACCUGGACAUGAGCAAAAUUCAGUACAACAAGGAUGUGGGUAAAUCAAUCCUGGAGAGCUAUUCGAGGGUGUUAGAAAGUUUGGCUUCAAACAUCGUCACCCGCAUCGACGAUCUGCUGAACAUCGAUGAGCUGAACAGACACGCUGAACAUUUCACAGCAACAGGUGAUGCAGACUGCAAGAUUGCUUGCAGCCAGACUGCUGUUCCAUCCUUCCCAGUACCAGCCUCUGGCACACCAUUCAUGACGGCAUAUGCCACACCUAGCUUCUCGCCGGCACAAUUGGCAAGCCCAUCAAAGAAAGAGAGGACGUCGCUGACUCCAGGCAGACGGUCUCAGCAUAGUAGGGGUGCUGGCACAAAGAAAGGCUUGAUGGAUCAUGUCGGUACAGAAAUCAAGGGGAUGAUAAUCAGCAGCGGUAUGAUGAUCGAUGUCUCUACUACUACAGAGCUGUAA